UGAAAACAUAAGGCCCCGCUGGUCCGAACCGAACCUGCAGCGGUUCCCGGGACUCGACCAGGGUUCGGUUCCUGCAGGAAUCAUGUCCAAGGAGGAACCGCAGAGACCCGGGUCCGGGUCCGGGUCGGGGAACCGGGACCGAGCUGGGACCGACGUCCAGCAGGCGUUGAUCGUUAAAGAAGAGGUUUCCCGGAGUUCAAACCCGGAUUAUAACGAUACAGAAACCGUCCACAUCAAGGAGGAAGAGGAGGAGCUCUGGACCGGUCCGGACCAAGAACCGUUCCACAACCCGAGCGAAUACUCGGGCCUCCCCUUCACCAUCGUCACCGUGAAGACCGAGGACUUGGACGAAGACGAACCUCAGUGUUCCCACGCCGGAGAGGCGGAGCCUCCGGCCACCUUAGUCAAGUGGAUAAAGACGGAGAUCGACGGAGGCGACUGUCGGAGACUGGAACUCGUUAGCAAGAACCUCGACGGACAGGCGUCGGACUCCUCCGGUACCGCGGCCAGUAACGAGGAAGACGACUGGCAGGAACCGCUGUCGGACGCUAGAAACGACGCCGACGACGGGGCCAAGGCCAAGUCGGGUUUAAGCGGUAAUUUACCCGUUAAAAAACCCUUCAGCUGUACGGAGUGCGGGAAACAGUUUCUUUACAAACAGUCUCUGAAACGACACAUGAGACGCAACACGGAGAAAAGUUCCAGCUCCAGCUGCUUCGCCAGUCCCAAAUGUUCCGAAGUGCCGCUAAACGUCGAUCAACUAAAGACUAAAGUUCACACGGGGAAGAAGAAGUUCGGCUGCGAGGAUUGUGGUAAAACCUUCAGAGACCAUUUUAGCCUAAAGUCGCACAUGCGGGUUCACUCGGAGGAGAAACCGUUCGGCUGCAACGACUGCGGGAAAAGCUUCAAGCACGAGCACAACCUGAAGAUCCACAUGAGGAUCCACACGGGGGAGAUGCCGUUCGGCUGCGAGGUGUGCGGGAAAAGGUUCAAGCACCAGCACAACCUGAAGACGCACAUGAGGAUCCACACGGGCGAGAAGCCCUUCGUCUGCGACAUCUGCGGCAAACGAGCAAGGCACCAGAACAACCUGAAGACGCACAUGAUCGUGCACAAGGGGGAGCGACCGUUCGGCUGCGACCUCUGCGGGAAAAGCUUCAACCGUAAAACCAGCCUUCGGGCGCACAUGACGGUCCACACGGGCGAGAAACCGUACGGCUGCGAGAUCUGCGGGAAAUGCUACAAGAGGAAGACGCACCUGAGGACUCACAUGACGGUGCACACGGAGGAGAAACCCUUCGGCUGCGAGGUCUGCGGGAAGAGGUUCAACCGUAAGACGCACCUGGGGACGCACAUGGCCGUCCACACGGGCGAGAAGCCGUACAGCUGCGACUUCUGCGGGAAAAGGUUCACGCGCAAGACUCACCUGGACUCGCACAUCACGGUUCACACGGGGGAGAAACCGUUCGGUUGUGGCGUCUGCGGACAAGAGUUUACACAACAGGGGAGUUUGAACCGACACAUGAGGUUCCACCUGGGAUAGAGGAUGAAUGGAUGGAUGAUGGAUGAAUGAUGGAUGAUGGAUGGAUGAUCGAAUGAUGGAUGGAUGAUGGAUGAAUGGAUGGAUGAUGGAUGGAUGGAUGGAUGGAUGGAUGGAUGGAUGAAUGAUGGAUGGAUGGAUGAAUGAUGGAUGGAUGGAUGAUUGAUGGGUGGAUGAAUUAUGAAUGGAUGGCUGGAUCAUUGAUGGAUGGAUGGAUGAUGGAUCGAUCUGCACCAAGGCUUUUAUUUUGAAAGUCCUCCACCCCAAGUGAGUCUGAGGAAACCAUCGUGAUUAUGUCACAACUUUAAUUCUUCUUCUUAAUGUAACAUUAAGAUUCAUUUGUUCAUUUUCCUCCUCGUGGUUUCGCUCAGCGCCGGUUGUUUCUAAUCGAGACUCCGUCUAGCGGUUUUAAACGUCUGAACGGCUAAUUCUCGUCAAAAAAGGAGGAAGAAUGUCUUCGUACGGCACUUUGACUCACGGUUCGGAAAGCUUUCGAGUCACAGAGAGGUAGCUAGCAAUGAAACGAGCACAUUUACACGAGAGUCAACCGAAAUCAAGCGAAAUAGGAGCAUUAAAAACACAGAAACACUAGUUAUGUUGAAUGAAAUCGAGAUUGUUUGCUUAAGAAAAACAAAAAAACAGACCCAGAUCUGCAUCUCGUCCAGAAGAAUGUACUCGUCUGAUCGUGAGAGAGUUAACGACACGGUUGGACUAAACCAUAUAUGCACUAAUAAUUAAUAAUUAAUUACUGAAUUAAUAUGUUAUCGUCAUGUCUAUGUUUAAGAAAAGAUUAAAGGUAUGAAGACUGGUUAAUUUAAACCGUUUAUUUCAGUGUUUGCUUAGUUUUCUCUGUAAUAACGACGUUAAAUAAAAGGAUCGUCUAGCUAGCUUUAGCUUCAGAUUAGCCGUACAUGUAGAUCUGAAUUAUCAAAUCUAAUUAAUUAUCUUAUUAAUUACUAAAUUAAUACCUAAGCUAAAGCUAAUACCUUAAAAGUCGGAGUAAAGACUAAAGUAAAGAAUUUGUUUUCUUUGAAAAUUACGCUACGGUAAAGCGUUGCUGGGAACAUGCUAGCUUUAGCUUUAGAGGGCCGUACAUGUGGAUCUGAAUUAUUUAAUUUGAUGAAUCUCCAAAGCUGAUACGCUAAAAGUUCACGACAAAACAGUUUUCUCUUUAACUUUUGAAUAACUGCGUUAUAAAUUAAAUAAAAAAAUUAGCCGUACAUGUGGAUCUGAAUUAUCUUAUCUAAUUAAUUACUAAAUUAAUCUCCAAAGCUGCUCGCCUCAGCUGAUACCCUAAAAGUCGGAGUAAAGACUAAAGUAAAGAAUUUGUUUUCUUUGAAAAUGACGCUACAGGAAGGCGUUUUGCUAGGAACAUGCUAGCUUUAGCUUCAGAUUAGCCGUACAUGUGGAUCUGAAUUAUCUAAUUUAAUUAAUUUACUCCAAAGCUGAUUCUCUAAAAGUUUGCGACAAAACAGUCGGAAAGUCGCAAAUAAUUUGUUUUCAUUGAAAAUGAUGCUAAGGGAAAGUGUUGCUAGGAACAUGCUAGCUUUAGCUUCAAUUAGCCGUACAUUGGGAUCUGAAUUAUUUAAUUUAAUUAAUCUCCAAAGCUGAUACGCUAAAAGUUCACGACCAAACAGUCAGAGUAAAGACUGAAGUAAAGAAUUUGUUUUCUUUGAAAAUGACGCUACGGUAAAGCGUCGCUAGGAACAUGCUAGUGUUAGCUUCAAUUAGCCGUACAUGUGGAUCUGAAUUAUCUAAUUAUCUAAUUAAUUUACUCCAAAACUGAUACUCUAAUAGGUCACGACAAAAACAGUCCGAUUAAAGACUAAAGUAAAGAAUUUGUUUUCUUUGAAAAUGACGCUACAGGAAAGCGUUAGCUAGGAACAUGCUAGGUUUUGGCCGUCGUUGACGGUGCUGCUUUUUAUUUGUUUUGUUUUGUUUGAGUCGAGGUUCGGAUGAUGAUUGAUCAAUUAGUGGGAGUUAAGGUCGUGAAGCUCCUCCCACAUGUGACUUGUUCACAACUUCCUGUUUUUUACGCUUCGUCAUUUAAUCACAAACGCUCCAGAAAAACAGCGUGGUAGAAAAAACCUUUCAGAAAUAAGUGUUUUAUUUUGAAAAACCACCGACUUGUUUUGAUUUAAUUCAGUUAUUUGAACCACACUCGUAAUAAUCCUACUUUAAAUGCACAGAUCUUUUAUUUUACACUACUUCUGUUUGCUGUUGUCGUGUUUUGAAGUGCACUUAUCCGUCAUGACAAUUGUUUUUUGUAACAGUGCUAUUUAUCAUUUAGUGUUAAUUCUUAGUUUCUUCGUAACUGUUUUCAUUUCUUUAUUGAUGUUUUUCUCUCCCGACGAGGUAGAGAGUGUAACUUUGUUAUCUUUUUAUUUUGAUUUAUGUUUUAUGGCGAUGCGGGCGGAGCCUGCUGCUGGUGCACCGCCAAAAUAAAAGUCAACGAGCACACAAGCGCUUUCAUUUAUUUAUUUAUGUUAAGGAAAUGUGCUGGAGUUUGUUUUUUUUCAUAAUAUUGUUAUUUCUCAUACGAUGGAGUAUUAGGGCCAAACUAAAACAAAAAUAAGAAUAAAGUCAUAAUGUUGCGAGAAUAAAGUCGUAAUAGAAUAAAGU